ACCAAAGGAAAGGUAGAGGGAAAGACUUGUGAGACAGAAAAAAAUGGCGCGAGUUUCCCUUGAUUUGAACCAGAAACUCGUCAUUUCCUGCGUCAAAGAGAGGCAACCAGGAGUAUCAUCAUCAGUCCAACUGUACAAAAAGAAGAAGAACCAACAAAAUGUUACUUCUAGGGUUCUUGUUUUGGGUGGAACUGGAAGAGUUGGUGGAUCUACUGCAAUUGCUCUCUCCAAGCUUUCCCCUGAUCUUCAACUCUUGGUUGCCGGUAGAAACAGGGAGAAGGGUGCUCGCCUAGUAGAAACACUUGGUGAAAAUUCUGAGUUUGUUGAGGUUGACUUUGAUGAUGAAAAAGCAUUGAAAGCAGCUUUAAACGAUGUGGAUCUUGUAGUUCAUGCAACAGGACCUUUUCAACAAACAGAAAAAUGCACUGUGCUGGAAGCUGCAAUUUCUACUGAGACUGCGUACUUGGAUGUGUGUGAUGAUUCAAGCUAUGCUUUUCGUGCAAAAUCUUUUCACCAGAAAGCAGUAGCUGCUAACAUACCUGCCAUAACAACUGGUGGGAUUUACCCUGGAGUUAGCAACGUGAUGGCCGCUGAGCUAGUGCGCACCGCGAGAAGUGAAAGCAUGGAGCCAGAGAGGCUAAGAUUUUUCUAUUACACAGCUGGUUCGGGUGGUGCAGGUCCGACUAUACUAGCAACAAGUUUUUUGCUUCUUGGGGAAGAGGUUGUUGCUUAUAAUCGAGGAGAAGUGGUCAAAUUAAAGCCUUAUACUGGUAUGCUCAACGUUGAUUUUGGAAAAGGGAUUGGGAAGAGAAAUGUUUAUUUGUUGAACUUGCCUGAGGUGAGAAGUAUUCAUGAGAACUUAGGGAUACCGUCUGUCAGUGCUCGGUUUGGUACAGCCCCUUUUUUCUGGAAUUGGGGAAUGGAAGCUAUGACAAAUCUUUUUCCUGGAGAAGUUUUAAGAGAUAAAGGAAAAGUGCAGCAGUUGGUUCAGCUUUUUGAUCCUCUUGUUAGAGCUGUUGAUGGGAUUGCUGGAGAGCGUGUUUCAAUGAGGGUGGAUUUGGAAUGUAAAGAUGGACGUAGUACUGUAGGUAUUUUCAGUCACAAAAGACUCUCCCAAUCAGUCGGAACUUCAACAGCUGCAUUUGCUCUUGCAAUGCUUGAGGGAAGCACAAUGCCAGGUGUUUGGUUUCCAGAGGAGCCUGAAGGAAUUGCAAUUGACGCCAGAGAAUUGCUACUCAAACGAGCCGCAGAAGGGACAAUUAAUUUUGUAAUGAACAAGCCUCCAUGGAUGGUAGAGACUGACCCACAAGAAUUUGGAUUGGGUAUAUACAUGUGAGACGUGUGGAGCCAAGAAUUCAGGAUGCAGCUGAUUUUUUUCCAUCCACUUAUUCAACAUAGACUGGGAACAUCAGAACAUCAGAGCCAACUAGACCAUUGCGUAGAGCCUCACAUUGUUGGGCCCAAAAUUUUAAUUUUUCUCAUAUAUAAUAUGUUUUUUUCACUUAAAUUGAAGAUUGCAUUAAGAUUACAUCGUGGAUAUCCUCUCCAACCCAACUAGAGAAAGUUGUCAAAUUCAUAGCCAUCUCCUCUAGCUAAGGAGUCUGCAAUUUACUGAUCAUUGGUCCAUUGUUUUGGGUUGUUGCUGGUCAUA